AUGUCGAUAGUAAAGAUUGAGGGAAUUUUAGAGAAGAGUAAAUUCAUUGACGGAAAAAUCGUCUCUGAUUCUCUUUCUAAUAUACUUACCGAGCUCUGUCAGCUUGUUUCUCUUCAAGGAAAUCAGAUAAAUAUUUUAAUGGCCAGUAAAAAAGACACAGACACAGUAAUGUCGAAGUUUGUACCGAAAGAAGAGUAUGAUGAACAAAUACAGAAACUAAAAGAAACCAUAUCUCAAAUGAAUUCGCAACAAACAGAAAUUAAUAAUUCAUUUUCGAACAAUUUGAAGGAACAAGUACAUGAACUGGAAAUCAAAAUGAAUCAAAUGCAAACUAAUGCCAACGAUACUACUGCAAAAAUCGAAAAAGAUGCUGAGUUUCAAACAACUUUAUUUAAUAAAUUGAUUUCUAAGCAAGAAACAACAACCAAGACAUUAACCGAAGAAGUCAACUCCCUCAAAUCGGAUGUAGAAUACUUUACACAAGAGAUCAAAUCUCUCAAAAAUUCGCCUGUGAAAGAUGUUUUGUCACAAAUGUCAAUUAUUGAGAGCCGCUUGGAUGCAAUUCCCGAAAAGUUCAAUGUUUUAGAGAAUAACUUCCGUACAUCAAAUAUAUCUUUAGUUACAAAAGUUAAUGAUUUUAUUUCAAAUAUGUCGAAAUUCGAAGAGCAGGUCAGACACGAGCUCUUGGAUAUAAGAAGAAUGACUGUAGACUUCCCGACAUUUACGAUUGAUGGUAAACUUGACACUCCUUCGUUAAUUCAAGCUGUAAAUCGCGAUACAAGAAGAAUUGACUCAUUUAACGAAAUGAUAUCAGGUCUUGGUAAUUCAUUUAACAAUCUGGUUGGUAAAUUUGAGCAAUUAGAAACGCAUUUCCAAAAUAUGGAAUAUUCUAUCUGCGAAUUUUCAAAUACCGUGCAAAAUACUACUACAUCUCUUCAGAAGAGAACGGAUCUCAAUCACGAGCACGUUAAAAAGCUUGGAAAAGAGAUCAAAAUUGUUUAUGAUAAUUUAUCUACCUUUUCAAGGCAAGCAACUGAUGGUCUAGCCCACGAUGCGACAGUUCUUACCAAGGUGUUGUCCCAUUUCGAGAAGAUAUCCAACAGGCCAGUCCCGGUGAUCCAAGGCUAUGAAGAAUUUUACAACGAUCAAAACGAUUUAUUCAAUCAGAUCGGAAAGUGCGCUGACGAUUUCAACAAGGCGAUCUUCCGCCAUAUGAAGGCCGACCUGGAGGGCAUCCCCUCGCAGUUCAUUUACCUUCCGAGCAACGAAGUCGACGAGGCGUACAAAUCCCAAUCAAAGGAACACAUUGAAGAGAACAGGAAGCAGGCAGAGUCAUCGACGAACCAAAGGAUAGAGACAAUUAACAAGAAAAUUACAGUAAUUUGCGAUAAUUUGUCAGAAUUACAAAAAUCAAUGGACAGUCAAUUAAGACAAAAAGCAAAUGCUGAAUAUACAGAUAGGAUGUUUGAAAAGCUCAAACAUGCCCUUGAUAAACAAAAAGAUUUUAUUUCGGACUCGAUUUCGUCGUUUUCUGCCGCUACAGCUCCUCUUCCUUACGCAAUGUCGAAUAGAGAAAGGCCUUCUACAGUUACUGGUCAAAGAUUCGCAGCGCAAAGGAAGAGUUUAAACGCUAUCGGUUCUCAUGAGCUUUUAUACGGAAAAAGGAGUAGUGUUGUAAGCAGUCCUCUUGUUGGUCGAAAGUAA